AUGCCUGUUACUACAAAGCGUGGUGUCAUUGAGCUCCUGACAGUUAUUUUUUACAAGGCUAAAGGUCAUACCAUUGAAAAGGAAUUAAGCAGUAAUCGUGAGAAAACAAUAUUCAUUAAUGAUGGAACAGUUCUAAGUUUUCUACAACCAGGUGAUCAAAAUGAUGAUAAAAUAGUUGUAUCCGUGAUGGAUAUUGAUGAAGAUAAUGUCAGUUCAAUUGUGAUUAAUUAUAGUAAAUUCUUUUCUACUUUGAAACUACCGGCAAGUGAAGAAACUGUUGCUAGAUUUUAUAGUAAUUAUCAAGGUAAUCCACAAGAUACAUUAUGGGGGUAUAUGUUUCAAAGAUUAACAGAUGUUUCAAAUGUUCAAAUAGAUGUUGAUAAUGCACUUGCUCAAAAUGAUAAUGGUAAAUGGAAGGAAUUUUAUGGAAAAAUUAUUAUACCUGCUUUUUAUAGAUUUAGAGAUUCAAAUGAAGUUCAUUUAACUCAAGCUGAAAAAGAUGAAUUUAUUAAAAAUGCUGCAUUCAAAGUUGGAAAUCGUGAAAUAUUCCCAGAAGCUGCAAGAGAAGCUAAUCAAGCCGCAUCAUCAUCAUCAGCAUCACAAUUACAAGAACGUCCUUCUACAGCUUCAUCAACUGCAGAAGCUACAGAACAAGAUGUUAGACCUCAAAAAGUUUCAACAAAUAAAUCAUCAAAUUUACCAGAAGAAUUACCAAAAUUUGAUGAUGAAUAUGAAUUAAAAUCUCGUUUAGAAGAAAGAUUACCUCCAAGAUCUCCAUUUGCUCCAAUUGGUGAUCGUGAUUUACAUCCAUUUGGUCAAUAUCCACCAUUAAAACCACAUUUAGGUGGUCCUGAAGCUCCAUUUUCUGGUAUGAUUCCAGAUGCUAAUCAUCCAUUAUUCCGUGGUCCUCCUGGUUCAGGAUCAGCUCCAAAUAGAGGUGAUCAUCCUCAAGGUUCAAGAUAUGAUGAUCCAUUUGGUAGAGAUGAUUUCGAUAUGGUUGGACAAGGCUUACCAGGUGGUAGAGGACUUGGUGGUAGAAGUACUUUUGGUGGUAAUAAUCCAUUUGGUAGAUCUGAUGGAUUUGGUGGUGGUUUUAUUUAA